GAAGAAGAAUGUAUUCACUUCCGUAAGUACGCGGUUCUCUCCACGCGCUUGUUUAUGUUCGGCAUGGUAUGGCAUUUAUUUUCAAAACAUUGUAAUAACUUUACAAAAAUCAUUAACAUUCGACUGUUAAUGACCUUACCGAAUAAAAAUGAGACCACGGCCUUUUCCUCUUCAGCUGAAUCUUUUAGCGUAAAGACAGCCAACGUUUGCUAGCAUCUCAAAAACCAGCCAGCGUUCACGUUACUUCUUCCAUGAGCGCGGAGAAACAUGGAGACACACGGCCGGGACUUUUUGAACACUCCUCCUGUUAAGACUGUCAGGUUUGGAGGGAGUGUUGUGGAGACGUUAGCUAAACAUAAACAGGGAGACUCCGGUGACUAUGAGCUGCUGAAACACCAGCUGGCUGAUCCAGAGAUAAAGGAUGCUCAGAUCAUCAACUGGCUACAAGAAUUCCGGAGCUGUGUGACCCAGCUAACCAAGGACCAUGAGCAGCUCAUCUAUACUGUCCUGAGGCUUCCGUGGGUGGGCCGGAGCCAGGCUGUGGUGGAGGAGUACAUGGCCUUCCUCAGUAACCUGGUCUCAGCACAGACUGUCUACCUGUGUGCCUGCCUCAAGAUGGUGGUCUCCCACUUCACUCCCAAGAGAGUGACCGUCUGUGAAGGAGGAGUCGAUAUCUCUGAUUCAGAUGAUGAAGAUGAGAACCUCCCCAGAAACUUCGAUCAGUGUCACCAGGCGUUGCAGCUCAUCACCAGAUAUGUUCCAUCCACGAGUCGCUUCCUGAUGCCCAUUCUCCAAGAGAACUUCCCCUUCGUACAGAAAUCCUCCAGAACACUGGAGUGUUAUGUCCACAACCUCCUGAGGGUGACCAUGUACAUUCCGUCAAUUCGACGAGACGUACUGGAGGUGAUCAUCGGAAAGAUGCUCAAACUGGAUGUAAGUGCAUCCCGCUCAGACAUUGAGGAGGCAGAAGAGAAUGCAGCGCAGAAUCAGCGGGCAGAGGAGCGGACUGAGAAGGGACUCUUUGACAUGGAUGAGGACAUGUCAGCAGAUCACCCCUCCAGGACGGCUGUGAUGGCCCACCCGGUGGCUGAGAGGCUAGAUACUCUCAUGGCUGUCCUGAUGGCUUACAUCAAAGAUGUCUGCCAUGUCAAUGACUCUCUUCAUGUGGAAAGGACUAAGGAGCUGUACAGAGAUUUGCUGAAUGUGUUUAACAAGCUCAUUCUGCCCACACAUGCUUCCUGUCAUGUCCAAUACACACUCUUUUACCUCUGCAGCUUCAGACUGGCCUUGGCCGAGGCCUUCCUGGAUCACCUGUGGAAGAUCCUACAGAGCCCCUCUCAGCCUGCUGUCCUCCGCCAGGCUGCUGCCGGAUACCUGGGGAGCUUCCUGGCCCGAGCCAAGUUCAUCCCUGUGCUCACUGUGCGGGCCUGUCUGGACCUGCUGCUGUCCUGGAUCCAUCGUUACAUUGACAGCCAGGACAGCAGUGGCAGACAGGCCUGCUGUGACAUCAGCCUGCACGGCCCCUUCUACACCGCAUGCCAGGCCGUCUUCUACACACUCAUCUUCAGACACAGAGCCAUGCUGGAGGGCAACAUGAAGAAAGGUCUGGAGUACCUGCAGAGUCUGAACCUGGAGCGGGUGGUGAUGUGUCAGCUGAACCCCCUCAAAGUCUGCCUGCCUUCAGUCACCAGCAUGUUUGCUGCCAUCACCAGGAAUUAUCAGGUGGUGUUCUGCUACACCAUCAUAGAGAGGAACAACCGCCAUGUGCUGCCGGUGGUCCGCAGCUCUGCAGGGGGAGACUGUGUGACCACCAACACCAACCCUCUGGACAGCUUCUUCCCCUUCGACCCCUACCUGCUCAAGAGGUCUGGUCAGCUGAUUGAGCCACUGUACCAGGUCUGGGAGGAACUAGCAGACACAGAGCUGCUUCCCACCAAAACAGGCCAACAGUGCUCGAGGGAGGAUGAGGAUGACUUCCUGUGUGGCGAGACACCGCAGACCGAGGGCAUCGUGGGAAUGAUGCCCAGCUCCUACGACUCGAACCUCUGCAGCCCGAGCAGCAUGGGUUCGCCCCCCAUCGCCUUUCAGAGACCAUUCUAGUUCCUCGUCAUGGUCUGUUCUGUUCUGAUGGACCACCCUGGGUUUGACACAAACUCUCUGAGUCCAGGAGCUUCUGAGGCGCAGACACCCCAGAGGUCGGACCUCUUCUUCCCUCAGCAGAGCGAGAGCUGCCACUCUAAAGACUCCUCCCCUGAUAAUUCACGUCAGUUUACGAGGAACAAAUACACGACCUGAAGGACACAUACUCAUCUGUGUAGUGUUUUCAUUUUAAGGCCGUUAACGGACUACACCUUCUCAUUCUGACUUUUCUACCUGAUCAGUCGCAGUUCAGGCCGUGGCGGCAUGAGCAACCGUGUGGAAACUCCAGUGAAAGCAACGGUGUCAGUGAGAGAGCCCCAAACUCCUGAUGAUCAAAGACAAGUCAAUAUUUUGAAUAUUUUCUUAAAUGAAUCCUACAUAGACUGUUGUGGAGACGCCCUCCGCUUUUCUCAGUUUGUUCUGUCUGAGAGAAAAUUCAACUGAAAUUAAAUUAUUGAGCUUGAGAGGUUGGAAUAUUGUGUGGGCAGUAAAAUAUGGUAAGUAAUUGUAUUUGUUUAUUUUUUGAAACUUAUACUAAAACCUGGUGCUGACUACACAAAGAGACAUUUCUGAGAUCUGAGACAAAAGCCCUGGUGUCUGCACUGAAUGCAUGCUUGGCCCGUCACGAUGAGCCCUGGAGUUGAGUCCGUUUGAGACGCGUCUUCGCCUCACAGUGAGCUGUCCCGGCUGCUGCCACGCGUUUCAUUUUCAAGCAGCCAAACGUAGAAUGCUCCUGUACCUGAGCACCUGGGGGUGAGUCGGAGACAGGAGAAGUAGCCAACGACACAGUGCAGCGCACUGCCACUAAUAUUAACAAGCUUCAUGGGAAAUGAAAAGGAGAUGCAGUGACUUAACAAGAUGCAUUAAAUAUAUACGCAAGCCUCUGCAACAGCACAGGGAGAGAAGCAGGUCCAGCAGGUCCAGCAGCUCCGCACAGAGAAGGUGGAAGGUGGAGAUGGUGUUGAUGGUUAAUGCAGUCACAAAAUGUGUAGUGAUUUUACAGUUUAUUAAACGUCAGGUGAAGUGUAUCACAACACAAACCACAGCCUGUUGCUGAUUGCUGGGCUGGAUGUAAACUAGGGGGUCACAUCUUUUCAAGCCUGACUUAAAACAGUAGUCACGCGGCCAUGCACAUUCACAGCCCAGCUGGUCGCUUUACUGAGCGAGGCUUCAGCGGGCCGAGUUAGCGCAUCACAUUGUUCGAGCGUUUCAGUAGCAAAUGUCUUCGUUGUGUUAACUUGCUGAAUGCUGUGAGGGAAUAGUAACACAACUAGGGGAUUCCUUGCUAAAAAGACGAGCCCCACUGACGUCUUACUGAGCCUGCCGAAGCCACGUUAGCCUUUUUUCACAGAGAGACAACUGUGGAUUUUGUGUCCAGUGUGGACAGCGAAGCGACCCACAGUGCUUUCAGCGUGCAUGUGGGCAUGUGAGUAUUGUUGGCAGACCUGAAAAAAAGUGAACUUAUCCUUUAAGACACUGAGCAUUGUUGUUCUCCAGUUCUUUCUAAGAACUGGUGUUUAGUUAGGCUAUUUAUUUUAAGUAGUUUAUUAAUGUUUACUAAUGUGUGUCUGUAUUUGUGUGGUGCGCUUCCUCUGUCUGAUGCCAUGGAGAUUUCUGUAAAGUGAAUUCAUGUUUCUUUUCUCCACCACAACCUGGCUCAUGUAAAUAACUUCGGUUUGAUUCAAGCCCUGCCGGUGUCCGGGACAGAAUGCAUCGCGUUCACCACAGUUGUGGAUCUGGAAACUGGAAUAAUCUUGUCGUCAGUACUCGUUGUCUGAGAUCGGUUGUGCAGCACAGUAACCCUGGGUUUUGAAAGUCUUGUAGUCUGCACGAGGCUUUAGUUCCUUCUGUGGGUUUAUUUCAUAUCACUUCCUCCCUUUUUAUUAUGAAAACACUGCUUUAGUACUGUAAGUAGUGGAAAUAAAAUGUUAGGAAACUGGAAUAAACACGACAUCACAUUCA